GGUUGCGAGAGGGCCGGGCCCCGGGGCCGAGUGGACGUGAGACCGGGCACCGAGCCGCCUUCCCCGCGGCUGCCCGGCGCUGCACCCCCGGGGUGCUGGGAGGGCCGGCGGGGCAGCCGGGCCCCUCGCUCACCUCUCCCGCUCUGGGCGAUCUAAGCACCGUCCUUUGGCGGAGCGCUCCGCCUGGGUGUCCCCAGCUCGGGUGUGGGCUGCCUUGUCGGCCGGGGGUUGUAACGCGCCCUUCCUCGCAGCUGCUCGGCCCCAGCCCCGCAUCAUGAAUCUCAGCCGCACUAGCAGCACCUCCGAAAAGGCGACACUGGCCUUGCUCUGGGGCUGUGAGCUGAGCCAGGAGAAGCCGACUUGGACCUUCAGACCCCAGAAGGCGGGGAAGCAGGACUGCACGCUGUUGCUUAAUACGAUUUGCCUCGGGGAGAAAGCCAAAGAGGAGAUGAACCUCGUGGAGAUCCUGCCCCCAGCAAGCCAGGACGACAGAAAGAGGAAGCCCAUCACCCUGGCCUCUCUUCGGGCCUCCGUCCUCCCCAUGGUCGUCCUGGCGGGAUUGGAGCUUUCUCCUCCUGUCACGUUCCAGCUCCGGGCUGGCUCUGGACCCGUGUUCCUCUGUGGCCAGGAAUGUUAUGACCAAUCCUGGGAGGAAGAGGAGGGGGAGGAGGAGGACCUGGAGGAGGAGGAAGAAGAGGAGGAAGAGGAAGAAGAUGAUGAUGAUGAAGACAUAGAUGUGUCCCUGGAGAAGGAGACCCCUGUCAAACAAGUCAAGAGGCUGGCGCCCCAGAAGCACACAAGCGUUGCCAAGAUACCAUCCUAAAGACAGGAGCCCUGUGGGAAAGGCCAAAACCACACCCAGACCUAAAAAGCCAGGAUUCAAGAAAUGAGGAGCCAGGAGUGGCCUGGCCGCAGUGACCGAGGGAGGGCCCGUGAGACCACCGUGCUGAGUCUGAAUGUGAUGGACGUGUUGGGGGCGACACAAGACCUCCUCACCCCAACUCUCGGUUGCAGCAGGACCUGGAGGGAAGAGCCCCGACCUCAGACCCACAAUAAAGUUUGCUUUGCUAGGACCUUGUUGCAGCUGUCUC